UUCCAUUCCAUGUAAGCAAAGCAAACGAGAUUGUGUUCUGUCUGUUUGGUUCUGUCGUCACCCUGCUCGAAACUUACCGAUGCUCUGAUCUCUCCCAUCCAAACCCUAAUCUCAGAGCUCACAGAUUACUAAUCACAGUUGAAACCUUUGAAUCCCAUCUUUCGAAGAAAAUGUCGGUGUCCAAAUUGACCAAGAAAGGCUGUAUUUCGGAUGUAUCAUGCAGAUUCAUUCAAUUACCUGAUGAAUUGAUUGUAUCCAUCCUGAAAAAAACAGGAGACCCUAAAACCCUUAUUUGUUGCUCGGCAGUUUGCAAGCAUUUGCAAUUCCUUGUCUCCAAAGUUGACUCAGUCUCCCUUAGAUUCUCGUAUCCGGGCACAGCAGGCGAUUAUCUCCCAUGCUGGAAAUCACAUUAUCACAUUCCACAAUCAGCAAUUCCUGCCCUCAUGAAAGUGUUUGCUAAUACGAUCUCUCUCAAAAUCGAGCUCUGCCUUUGCCCUUCACUAGUCCCUUGGUAUUCUGGAAUAGCUCGCACCCAUGGCUUCAAGUUCCAGCUGAAGGCAAUGGAUAUGAACGAUGAAAUGCACACUCAAGUGUGCAUGGCAUUUGAGGUUGGGUUGUUGUCAAGUGAUGAUGAGGGGAUGUUAUUACCUGAAUCAGAAGCAUUGGAUAUUCUAAAUGUCAAGAAUCCUCUGAUGUUGUCCUUUUUUCUUGUAAUAUUAUGUUAUCGGCCUAAAUCGUUGAAAAGUGUGGUGAUUUUGAGUGCUGGGUUACUGGGUUAUGGAUUAGAACGAUAUAUACCAAAACAUAAGGAGUUGUAUAGAUCAGGUGGGAAUGUGUUUAUGGAAUCUGGACAGUUGGCCAAGUUUCGUACUUUGAAUUCAAGUACGAGACUGAAUGAGAGACUGAACGAGAGCUGGCUGAAGAAUCCGCAGAAUCUUAUAUGUUGGCUUAAGAAGCAUGAGGAGAAUAAUUAUCGGCUUGGAGAGAAGUUGUGGCUUAUUCAUAAAUGGGAAGGAGAGAGAUGCAACAUGAAGCAAUCAAUUGUAAAGAAGACAGAUGUGGAUGAGUUGCUGCGUGCUUUUGAUGAGGAUGUUGAUGAAAAACCAUGAAAAUGCAGAUUUCUUCUGACAGUAGUUCGAGAGUAUAAUGGUAAGUUAUAGGGUUUGCUUUACUGCCUAAAGUUAGAAAAUACUGCUUUAGUUAAAUGGUGUAUCUUUAAUUGUUACAACUGUGUUUGAAUUUAGUCUGAUGAUGAAAGUGUAAUGGACCGUGUUAUGAAAUAGUUGUUUCCUUAAUAACAUUACAAGCAUGUUUUUUUAUUUA